AUGGAAGGUGAAGGUGGCAGCGGAGCAGCGGCCUCGGAUAUGCCUGGUUUGACAUUUAUCAACUGCUACCAUUAUGUAAAAACGGCCGUGGAUGACCCGAAGGAACUUUUGCAGAUCCGGCGUACAUGGAACAUGGACUUCCGGUUCGCCCAGCUUCCUGAGCUCAGCGUCGACCAGCUCUUCUUCGUGUACUACGCCCUGGACAACUGCGAGGCGGCAGACAAGGUUUACCAGGAGCACCGCGGUCACUGGCUGCCGGCGCACUACCGGGUCAACGUGCCACUGCGCAACGUCGUCGAGUUCGCGGAGCUUUUCCGCUGUCCGCCCGACGCGGACAUGGUGCGCGUCAGCUUCGUGCCUCGCUGCGCCGUCGUCGCCGUCGACCGAUGGGACCACGGUCGACCGGUUUGAGUGCUUCGCUUGGAUCGACGGUGGCCGAUCGCAAUGUCUGCUGACGUUUACUCAACUCUGCGAUUCUUGAUACGGACGCAUUUUUGUUGUCGAUACGUGCGCGAUUUUCAUGUCGCGGCUUUCAUAUAAACAAAGUUCAGUACAUCUUCGGUUGCAGCCAAACCACUAAAUUGUGCGAAUAGGAAAGUAAUCAUUUUUUGCAUGUUUUAGACUGGAAUACA